UCUCUUCCUCCUUGCUGACAGGACGGGGCCGCUGAUGCAAUGCGGGCUUUUGAGCUGUGACUGCGGGAGGAGGGGCCGGGGUUGCCGCAGGCUGGUUGCCGGGCUCCGGACUCCGCUCGGCUGCCGCCCCCUCCCCUGGAGAUUGUGUCUGCCCGGGAGCAGGAAGCAGAGGCUACUCAGGCGCUGUACUGCUGUCAUGGGCACGGCUGCGGGGCUGGGGCUGCUGGCCGUUCUUCUGCUCCUCACCGGCCGGACAUGGGGUUCCUCCGUACACAGACCCCCGCCCACCAACAAUGACAGGCCGGUCAUAGGUGUCUUGGCCCAGGAGACGCACUUUGAUGAACUGAUACCUUUAGGCCAUUCCUACAUUGCUGCUUCUUACGUGAAGACGCUUGAAUCAGCUGGAGCGAGAGUUAUCCCAAUAAGGAUCAAUCUUUCUGAUGCAGAGUAUGUGAAGAUCUUCAACUCCAUUAAUGGAAUCCUGCUUCCUGGGGGAGGUGUUGACCUUAGAUAUUCUGAAUAUGCCAGAGUAUCCAAGAUAUUCUAUAAUUUGGCUCUAGAGGCUAAUAAUAAAGGUGACUACUUUCCAAUCUGGGGAACCUGUUUAGGAUUUGAGGAACUGACUGUACUGACAAGUGGAGAACUCUUGCUAACACUGACCAAAACAGAGAACAUUUCACUGCCUCUAAACUUCACAGAAAAUGUAUUAAACAGCAAAUUAUUCCGGAACAUUCCACAAUUAUUAUAUAAAGCCCUCUCCAACAAGCCUAUAACUGCAAACUUCCAUGACUGGAGCCUAUCUAUGCAGAACUUUACAGCAAAUGAAAAGCUAAGAAAAUUCUACAAUGUCCUGUCCACCAACUCUGAUGGUGUUCUGGAAUUUAUCUCUACGUUUGAAGCUUAUGAUUACCCUAUCUAUGGAGUCCAGUGGCAUCCAGAAAAAAAUCCCUUUGAAUGGAGAAUAACCUCAGAUAUAUCACAUACUCCAGAAGCUGUGCAUGUGGCUUUUUAUAUGGCUGACUUUUUUGUUAAGGAAGCCAGGAAGAGUCAGCAUCAGUUCACUCCUCAAGCACAAGCAGACCAUCCGCUGAUAUAUAACUAUUGCCCGACGUACACAGGGAAUAUUUCUGUCUUUGAGCAAAUGUAUUUUUUCUGAAGACAUUUUAAGGCUGUUCUUCAUGUGAUGCAAUCCAUUGUGAGACGAUAUGUUCUGUAUGCACGUUGUAUUGUUUGCAGCUAACGUGAGGACAUACAAUGGUUUUCGUUCUCAGUCCAAUCUGCAUUCACAUAUCUGGACACAUAUUAAUGUAUGUGUUACUGGAAUGUAAUAGUAACACUGAAUGUAAAUCUGUACUUAAUCCAUGCACUGGGGGAGGGGCCGUGUUUCCUAUAAAACUUAUUCUGUUGUUCGCA